UUCUACACGGGCCCUUCUGCUCUCUCUCUCUCUCUCUUUCUCUCUCUCGCUCUCUCGACGCGCAUUGGACGGCUGCCGGUGCGUAAGCUCCAGUGAAACUGUCGCCUAUUUCCUGUCUACUUAAACAUCGAAAGAUGAAGGCUUGAACGCGUACUUUCGCAGAUCUUUUUGAAGCAUUGGGUGCCAAAGUGGAAUUAGAAGUGGAUGCCGGCACAUUUUGGCUCCGGGACCAGAGCUCCGCGCGCGCUCCGCUGCGCGCCGCUGGAGUUUCGCUCCGGAGUUGCCUGCGUGUGGAUACGCUGACCUGUGUGGGAAUUUAAACGUAUUUACUUUUAUACACUAUAUCACACGUUGUUUCGGGUGGGAACGGCUUCGGUUCAUGCCCAAGUGUCGCGCUUUACGCACUGGAGCGCAGCCAAGUGCCAGGGUCUGGUGAAGCGGAGACAAAGUGACCAACUGAGGACAAGGGAGUGAAAUGUUUUCCAUUCGUCUGUUCGGGGAGAAAACUGUUUUUGGAGAAGCGUUGUGAAGAUGUAAAGCACCACUGGUUCAUUCAAUCGGGCGCCCUAGUGUCUCUUCUGGAAAUGCUUCGAAGAGUGAUGCAAAGCGGCGCGCAAGUUUCUUUCAUUUUCCACAAAGAAACAACUAGAUAAGACGCGGGUGAAGAGGCUUUCGCUUCGAUUUGUCACGUGCACUAUGGUUUUGUUUCAUUUGCAAAUGACCAAAUGAGGCUUAAGAUAUUUUCUUUACCAGAAAAUGUGAUUUUUCAAUUCCUGCUGCAAGAAGGACUUUUUCCUCUGAAUUAAGACAUUUCGACUUCCUUCUAUUUUGGAGGGGGAUUGAUAUCUGCCUACAGACUCAAAGAAACAUGUUGCACAUCCUUGCACUCCAGUCGGCGGUGUUACUUUUUGCAGUUGCCGACUGUCGAGUCUUGGAGGGACUGCAGAGAUACUCCUCCCUCCCCACGUACUUGCCUGUCAACUACCAGGUGCUCAACGCGGACUUGGCGUUCUUCCUGAAGGAAGCCAACCAGGACUUCAUGAGGAACUCCAGCCUGAUGUCCCGGACUGAGCCCUUCUUUAUCUACCAGGCCAGGAGUCUGCCCUCAAUGAACACCAGCUACGGGCCUCUCUCCGUGGAGCAGCAGGUCCCGUUGGAGCUCCUACAGAGCCCCGGGACCUUUCCCGCCUCCUCCGUUUUCACCUUCAACUGGCAGGUUCAGACCUUCAUCAUGAACACCAGGAUUCACUUGGCCAAGCCCAGGGUCCAGGUUCUGUUCUACGUCGCAGGCAGGGACUGGGACGACUACAGCGCCAUCGACAAGCUGCCCUGCGUGCACAUGUUUGCUUUCCACGAAACCCAGGAGGUGCGCGGCACGUGCCAGCUCAAGGGGGGGCUGGGACUGUGCGUGGCCGAGCUGGAGCCCCUGGCCGGCUGGUUCAGCCCGCCCAGCGUGGUGCCGGGACGCCAGAGGAACCUGGACGCGUCCGAGGGCACGCCGGUGGAGCUCUACUACACGCUGCAGUCCACAGACGCGGGCGAGUGCCACUCCGAGGAGGCCAGGAAGGACACCUUCGUCCGCUCGAGCCAGGAAGGGCUGUUCGGCUCCCACGCGUCCACGCCGCUGCGUAGGAUCGGCGGCGUGAGGCUCUACCAGAACCCCACGCCGCCGCCCCUCGCCGCGCACAGGCUCGACAGCAACUUCAUGGUGAUGGUGCCGGCCACGCCCGUGAGACAGAGGGAAACCGUCUCGGCCUACAUCACGGCGUCGGCCGACUCUCCCGUGGAGAUGUUUACGCUCAGAGUGAAGUUAAAAGAAGGACUGACGUUCCUUGGGGCUCGUCCCAGCAAUCCCACCCAGUGGAUAGUUAGUCAAGAUGUGAGGAGCGAAGGCCACCGAGUGGUGACCCUCCACUGCCGCAGGAAGGAGUCCGGCUACGAUCAGCAAAGUUCUGACACAGGAGUUCAGAGGGUGCUGCAGGUCGAUCUGAAAAUGGAAAUCUUCCCCGAGCCGCUGGGCAGCCGCUGGAUGGCCUGGCAGGUAGAGUACCCUGCCAGUCGCGCCGCCACGCAAGAGGCGGAGACGGAGAUCCAGCUGGCGCAGGAGGACCUGGCGGGCAUCGUGCCGCUGGCCAUGGAUUCAGAGAUUCUGAACACCGCCGUGCUGACGGGGAAGACGGUGGCCGUCCCGGUGAAAGUGGUGACCAUCGGGGUCGACACGUCUGUCACAGAUGUGUCCGAAGCAGUCAAGUGCCGCACCACGGACGAAGAUGUGGUCAAGGUGUCGGACAGGUGCGACUAUGUUUUUGUGAAUGGCAAGGAGAUGAAGGGCAAGGUGAAGAUGAUGGUGAACUUCACCUACGGACACCUGAGUGCUCAGCUGGAGCUCAACGUGUGGAUCCCUCGGCUGCCCCUCCAGAUUGAGGUAUCGGACACGGAGCUGAGCCAAAUCAAAGGGUGGAGGGUCCCCAUCCCGGCCCCCAGUCAGAGGUCCACACGGGACAGCGAGGAUGAGGACGAUGAAGACCGUAGAGGGCGAAGCUGCACUCUCCAGUACCAACAUGCCAUGGUCAGGGUCCUGACCCAUUUUGUAGCCGAGUCAGCUGAUCCCCGAGGCCAAACCAGCUUCAUGCUGGGCACUGAUUGGCAGGUGGACAUCACGGAGCUGGUGUGGGACUUCCUGAAAGUAGAGGACCCGAAGAUUGCAAAGCUACUGGACCGCAGGAUACUGGUGGGACUGGACAUGGGGAUGACGACGAUCCAGGUGCUGUCUCCUUUGUCGGACUCCAUCCUGGCAGAGAAGACCAUCACUGUGGUGGAUGACAAAGUGACCAUCACAGAGCUGGGGGUCCAGCUGGUGACGGGCCUCUCUCUGAGCCUUCAGCUCAGUCCAGGGAGCAACAGAGCCAUCCUGGCCACCACAACCACACAGGAGAUUCUGCAGAGCCCCAAACAGGAAGCCUUGAUCAGCGCGUGGCUGCAGUUCAGCGACGGCUCCGUGGCUCCUCUCGACCUGUACAACGGCGACUUCUUCGUCCUGACGGCCACCUCGCUGGAUGAGGAAAUCGUGACGGUGCAGCAGAACCCCUCGUGGAAGUGGCCUGUCAUCGUGACGGAGGCGGAAGGCCAGGGCCUGCUGGUCAGGGUGGAAAUGACGGUUUGCGAGGUCUGCCAGAAGUUCAAGCGCCGCAGCGUCCUGGCAGCAGGGAACUGCAACGUCCGGGUGAGGUUUGGCCACGGUGACAGCUCAAGGGGCGGGAGCAGCGACUACGGCCCCGACGGAGACGACGUCGAGAGCAGAGGCCGGCCCCCGCCGCCGCCGCCCCAGGACCGAACCCGCCCCGACACUCACUACUACGGCAGCUCCGUCUCUGAAAUGGAGGACGGGCUGUUGAAGAGGGCCACCACCACCACCAGGAGCGCCAUAAUGCGCAGACCCAAUGGGGGAAAGCUUUCAGACGACGGCAGGCCCAAAACGCCCGUCGACUUCGCCGACUUCCCCGCGCAGGCGGACCUGCCGCGCGGCCGCAACGUGGACGACGACCUCGUCCGGGCCGCUCGCGGGCUCACGGACCUGGAGAUCGGGAUGUACGCCCUGCUGGGGGUCUUUUGCCUGGCCAUCCUGGUCUUUCUCAUCAACUGCAUUUCGUACACACUGAAGUACCGGCACAAGGAGCUCUCGAUCGAGGGCCAGGAGAACAUGAACCACGCCCACGACUGGGUGUGGCUGGGCAACGAGGCCGAGCUGCUGGAGAGCCAGAUCAGCCUGUCGUCGCCGCAGCAGCAGCAGCAGCAGCAGCAGGAGGAGGAGGAGCAGACCUCCAUGAUGGACUCGAGCGGCGGCCUGGAGGAGGGCAGCCACUUGCUGAACGGGAGCUCGGCCCAGAAGAACGUGCAGGGCCAAGUGCACCGCGGGGCCGACGCCGGGGGCGCGGCCAGGGACGGCAAAGGAGAGUCGCCCACCACCAAGAGGAAGCGGGUCAAGUUCACCACGUUCACCACCAUCCCCUCGGACAGCGGCUACGCCACCGUUAACACGCUGACCGGGAGCCACGGCCAGGACAUUAAGUGGGUUUGCCAGGACGCCGUGCUCGGGGACUCGAAGGAGUUGCGCAAUUACAUGGAAAGGUUAAAUGAGAGCGCUUUAAAUGAGGUGGCCUAAUGUACUGUGCGCACUUGUAACAAACUCACCCUUAUGCCUUUCUGAGGAAAGUGGGUCUGAACAGGAACCGGACCUGCAAAUUGACUUGAGAAUAAACCCCCAAACUGCCAAAGGGUUAUUUAAUGUUAGAUUGUUCCACAAGUGACUGAUAAUCACUAAUGAAGAAAAUAACGAUAAAUUAGUAGGUCAGGUGGUUAUUUUUUCAUUUGUUUACCUUUUUAUCUUAAUUUGAUUAUUACAGGGUUUAGAUAGAAUAAUCCCAGGACUAUGUAAUAUGAAUUAUCAAACAUGUAGAUUUUAAAACAACCGGUAACAUGUCUAGAUAGAUGUUAAGAAUGUGAGUGCACAUUAAAUGGUUUUGGAAGUUUUGUAACAUUUGGAUAUUAAUUUCUCACGCCAGAUCGAUAGUGUGGAAGAGUUCUGCAGAGACCAAAGCAAGCAACCAGAAAAGUCUGCAUGUCGAUGGUAAAGAAAAAAAAAAAGGCAUAACUUUCUGGCUCUUGAUCAUCUUCCUUAAUGUGGCCGAAAACGAUAUAUCUAUAGAUAUAUAUAUAUAUAUUGACCAGUCUCCACAGCAUUGUAUUGUUGCUCUGUAUAUUGUAUUUUUCAUAACAUUUAAGAAAUACACAACGAUGUCAAGAGCGUGUAUCAGCUUUCAUUGACCGCGGCAUCAUUAGGCCUCUUCCAUUCUCGAGCCCUAAGGUCAGCUGAGCAACGCGGUGGAGGAAGGGCAGCCAAUUACACAAUCAUUCUUU